GCUCAGGAGAGCAAAAACGGGCGAAGCAAGGGCUGUGUGUAAUUAUUUCUAGCGCGCGUGACUGCUUAAUACUUCGUUCGCAGCUGCUGCGACGGAGUGAGCUUCUUCUUGCACCGGUGAUCCGUAACAUAGCGAGAGCCAGCUUGCAGCGGCGCCUGCACGCCAUCGGCGCGCAGCGAAACGGCAACACAAAUGGCCGAGCUCACUACAAAUGACGAGCAAACGCCGCCGAAGGUCACCGUCCUCCUCGACCUCGCUUCUUUAGAAAUAGUCAAGACUCGCAAGGGCGAGUUCCAGCUACUGAACAGCGACGACCACCGUUCCAUCCUGUCGAAGCACGGCCGGGACCCCAAAGAAUGUAGGCCGGACAUCGCCCAUCAAGAAUUGAUGGCGUUAUUCGACUCGCCGCUGAACAAGGCGGGCCAGCUCCAGGUCUAUCUGCGCACCAGACAAAAUGUACUGAUACAAUUUCAUCCCUCAGUUAGGAUCCCGCGAACGUACAAGCGGUUUGCCGGGCUCAUGGUCCAGCUCCUCCACAAGCUCAAAGUAAGGGCGGCGGACGGCCGGGAAACGCUCCUAAAAGUCGUGAAGAACCCCAUCGGGCGCCACUUGCCCGCGGGCUGCGUCAUGUACGGCUUCUCGGUGAAGGGCGAUCGCUACACGCCCCAGGCCUUCGCGGCGCAGAUGCCGGACAAGCCCGUCUGCUUUGUCAUCGGCGCGAUGGCGGCGGGCCACGUCGACCGCGACGACUUCGAGGCCAUGGUCGACUACGUGUCUUUGUCGGAGUACCCGCUGAGCGGUGCGACGGCGAUCAACCGGCUGCUGGGCGCCAUCGAGGCGCACCGGGGGAUCUCCUAAACAACAA